AUGGCUAAUGUAGGAGGACUUUCACAAUUUUCUCUUCCUCGUCUUACCAACACCAACUAUGAGAAUUGGAGUAUCCAUAUGAAGGCGUUGCUUGGAUCUCAAGAUAUUUGGGACAUAGUUGAAAGAGGUUAUGAAGAAGCCGGAGAAGCGGAUACUCUUACAGUGCAACAACGAGAGAUCCUACGGGAUAAGAGAAAGAAAGAUAAGAAGGCUCUCUACUUCAUCUAUCAAGUCGUAGAUGAGUCGGCUUUUGAGAAGAUUGCGGCGGCCACGACCUCUAAAGAAGCAUGGGAGAUUCUUCAAAAUGCGUACAAAGGAAUUGAGAAAGUGAAAAAAAUUUGCCUUCAAACUCUUAGAGGUGAAUUUGAAGCCCUACAAAUGAAAGAGUCCGAAUCCAUCUCGAAUUUCUUUACAAGAGUCUUGACCAUUGUAAACCAAUUGAGGAGAAAUGGUGAGACACUUGAUGACAAUCAGGUCGUAGAGAAAAUCCUACGAUCUUUGGACCACAAAUUUAAUUAUAUUGUGGUGGCCAUUGUAGAGUCCAAAGAUUUGGACACUAUGACGGUGGAUGAGCUUAUGGGUUCGCUUCAAGCCCAUGAACAAAGAAUACUAAAGAGAAGACAAGAGUCAUUGGAGCAAGUUCUACAAAGCAAGCUCUCCGUCAAUAACAAAAAGGAUGAGUCAAGAGGCGAAAGUAGCCAAAGAAGUCGCGAUCGAGGACGUGGUCGUGGUAGAGGUCGAGGUGGAGCCUAUGGUCGUGGUAGAGGCCGUGGUGACCACAACAAUGUAGAGGAAGGCAACCAAAAUCGUGGAGGAAGAGGACAAAGAGGUAGAGGCCGAAGGUAUGACAAAGGUCAAGUUUAA